AAUAUCAUCAGUGUUGAUGUUUUUCAUGGAGGUGACAAUACUGGGAGUGUGUGUGGAGAGACUCUCGUUUAUAAACGGAUUAUUGAAGUACUUAAAGAACUGGCACAGAUCAGUCUUGUAUAUGGGUGGUAACGGUAGUGUGUUGGGCUUCAUCAAAACAGGACGAAAGAGAUUAUUCCUAACAGACAACAGGACACUACUACAUGAAGUGGAGCCAUUAUGUAUAAUGGAUUUUUAUGUACACGAGACACAACAAAGGAGAGGACAUGGAAAGGAACUUUUUGAGAACGUAUUACAGGAGGAGGGGCUAAGUGCAUUUGAAGUCGCCAUUGAUAGACCUUCGUCAAAGUUCCUUAGUUUUUUGCAGCGUCAUUAUCAGUUGAGUAGCUAUGUGAAACAAAACAAUAAUUUCGUCGUUUUUGACAAGUUUUUCACAACUUGUUCUCACGUUGAUCAUGGGCGUGGCAUGCAUAGGAGACACUCCCUCCCCUCGUCAAUGCAUGCUAACACUAAUGGAGUCACUGCUGGGAGGACCAGAGGAUUGAGAAUGUCACUAUCACCAUUGAAGAAUAACGAGUAAGUACAUGUACUGUACAUGUAUAAAUUGUAAUACUGUAACUGGGUGCAUAAAUAUACUCCU